AUGAGAUUAACUCGGUGGACGCCCGUGCCUCAUCUUCCCUUAACACAGGCAAUUUACAACUGUUUCCCUUUGCCCACAAGGAGGAGGUCGGUUCGGAAGGCAGAACUAGCAAGUGAAAAACUAUGCGACGAUGUGCUUAACCGCCUGUCGCCGUUCCUCCUUCGCAACCCUGCCGUGGACAUUCUCGACCUAUGGCCUGGCGCUGGACUAUGGUCAUCGAAGGUCAAUGCCCUCCUCAAACCCCGCCGGCAUGUCCUCAUCGAACCGGAGUUGAAGUACUACAAGCCAUUGCUCCUGCCCUUGGCAGAAAGCAACCCCAGCUAUGAACUACUGUCUGCGGAGAUCCAUGAUAUUGCGGAUUGGCAAAGUAUACUAUCGAAACAUUUUCCGGAGCAGGGGCCAUCAAACCGUGACGACAGUGGCAUUUUACCCAGGAACGAUACACUCCUUAUCUUAGCCAACCCGCCUGCAAUUGGCUCUAAAAAGGACCACUACACCCCAGCACGCUGGUGGUCGGUUUUCAUGGAGGCCUGUAUGCACCAGACGGGAUUACAUGCCUAUGGAAGCGUGCGCAUGGUAGCAUCACUGCCUAUAUCGGAUGCACAACAGGUCAUUCCGCGGACCAUCAUAGAGCGCAAGCGACCGGCACUUUUGACUGAAAAUGUUGCAUUGCAUGCAUUUGAAGUUGCGGCUCCAAAGGCUCCAAAGGACCCUAAUGCAUGGGCUACUCUCAAGGGGUGGGAUCUAAUGACGAGUAACGCAUUGCGUGUUGCUCAGAGAGCAGCAGAGCAGGGCGUUACCACACCUCCCGGCAGAGAACUAUCCCCCAUUCCCUUAGCCCCAGAAAGUCCUGACCAGGGCAGGAUACCUUUGCCUUACGUGCCGCGCCCAUAUACCGAAUGGCAUGAGAAAGUUUGGAAGAAGAUCACUACCGAUACUCCUACAAAGGACGGCAAACUGAAUGCAACGCAAAGACGAGGCUUGACCCAACUGAACAAGGAGAACCGCGACGUGUAUAAACGCCAGUAUCAAGCUACAACCAUCGGUGAAAUCGACGAACUAACGAAUACCCUUUCCCGGACGGCUGCAGAUCCUCGCGAGAGUUCGGCCGCACUAGAGCCCAUUUUGGAUAAGAUCAAGGCCGCCAAGUCUACCGUAGAUCAGAUAUUGUCGGAAGUACACUACGAAGUAAUCAAGGAAGUUCCCGCCGUCGUUGAUAACAAGCGAGUGGCUCUGCAUAGCGGGAACUUCGACGAUGCAAUUCUCCACUGGGAUCGGCGCCCUUUUGAACCAUUGCUCAUCACACCAGAAGAGCUCUAUCCCCGAGAAGCCGAGAGAAGCGUCCUCUACUUCGAGGCUGACCCCAACCCCCCAGCUGUGCAGAAACUCAACCAACUGGAUCCCUCGCAAAGGGAUGCCGCUCUUCGCCUCUUCGAAGCCCUCUCUCUCACCAUCGGCACCCGUAACCUAAUGACAGUAGCCGAAUUCCUGGAACUAAUCUUCCCCGAACGACCCAUUAAUGACAUCGUCAAGUCCAUCCCCGGCCUAGCGGUCUUCGCAGCCAAAACCCCCGAGCCAGAUUUCGACAAUCUGCCCAAGACCAUUCACGGUUCUCCCGAGGCCCGCGAACCCCUCGACCCCGCCGCAUGUUACCAGGAGAACCUGGACUACGACCUAAGCGACGUACGAGUUCGUACGCUGCCGAUCAGCACACUGUGGGAUAUCUUCGUUGAGUACCAGAAGAAAGGCAACACGAACCUCUCCACGGUGCAACUGACCCAACUACUCGGCGGGACGUUGACGUCCUUCCGGACCGGCUGGGAACCUACAAAGAGAUUCCACUAG